CGCAUCUCUUCUCGUCCCGUGCCGUGAGCGCGCGGGCGCGUGUGCACCAGCCCCGCGACCACUCCCAUGGCGGACGACGACGACGCGGCUGCCACCGCAGCGGCGGCACAGGAGGCCGAAGUCCGCGCCGAGGCCGAGCGCCGCACUGAAGCGGCGCGCCUCCGCGCUGCAGCCCUCGACAAGUUCGAGGCCGCCCAUGAGACCAUCUGGGCGCAGGCCACCGCCGUCGUCAACGUCAAGGCGCUGAUCCCCAUCAUCCUCGACAAAGUGACCAACAGCUACACCAAAUGGCGGGGCAUGUUCCUCACCGUGCUCGGCAAAUAUGCCCUCGCCCCGCACGUGCUCGAGGACGAACUGCACCCCGACCGUCCGGUUUGGGUCCAGACUGAUUGUGUUGUGCUGUCAUGGAUUUUCGCCACCGUCUCCAGCGACCUACAGCAGUCGCUCAUGCUUCGCCAACGCCGUGCACGCGAGGCAUGGUGCUACCUCGAGGACGAAUUCCUCGGCCAGAAGGAGUCUCGUGCCAUUCUCCUGGAGACGCAAUUCCGCAACCUUCGUCAAGACUCCAUGACGAUCACUGAUUACUGCCGCAAGCUGGAGACCAUGGCUGCAUCUCUUGCUGAAUUCGGUGAUCCCAUCGGUGAUCGCCAGCUGGUCUUCACUCUCCUUCGCGGCCUCAGUGGUAAGUUCCGCCACAUGGUGUCUAUACUGAAGCUGCAGCGUCCGUUCCCGUCGUUCGCCGAGGCCCGGACUCACCUGCUCCUCGAGGAGAUCGACAUCGACGCUCGCCCACCGUCUCCACCUGCGGCCCUCAUCGCCUCGUCGCCCACGCCACCGGCUGGUGGCCCCGGCCGCCAGGCGCCGGCCACUGGUCCUCCGCGCACCGGCCAGCACAGCCAGGCUGGCGGCCAGCCAGGCGGCCAACGCAACGGCCGCCGGCGUGGCAAGGGUGGCCGCGGACAGGGCCACCAGCCCGGUGCUGGUCAGGGUGGCCAAGGCUCCUCUACAGGCGGUUACGGCGCCCCUGGCCACGGCGCAUCCGCUGGCCAGGGUGGCGUGCACGGUGUGCACCCCUCUUGCACGGUGUGCACGCUCCAGAUGUGGCCGUACGGUGGCCGCCCACCACCAGCACCACCGGCCUUCGCUGCUGUCCCGCAGUACGGCGCACCUUUUGGUGGUGCGUCCAGCGGCGGUUUCUACAGCCCCGGCUCCAGCUACCCGUUCACCUACGGGGGAGGAUCAGCGCCCUCGACACCGACAUUUCAGGGGGCACCAUAUCAGCUGCAGGCUGCCCCCUGGAACCCGGCACAUGGAGGCGCAUGGAACCAGGACUCCUUGGUGCAGAAUUUCAACACCAUGACGCUCCACCCCCCGGCACCUUCGGAAUGGUACGCCGACUCUGGUGCAGGCUCGCAUAUGACUGCGGAUGCUGGAUUUGGAAACCAGGAACGUGAUCGCCAGGUGCAAUAGCUCUGGCGACCUGUACCCAUUUUUUCCACCAGCUACCAGCACCUCCGCACUCCUCGCUGCACCCACCUCGCUAUGGCACCGUCGUCUUGGGCAUCUUGGGCACGAAGCUUUGUCCAAACUCAUUAGUUCCAAAGUUAUCACUUGUAAUAAAGAUGAUAGUCAUCAUUUAUGUCAUGCUUGUCAGCUCGGUCGUCACACUAGACUUCCUUUUGGUUCUUCCAAUUCCCGAGCUCCAAAUAAUUUCGAUUUAAUACAUUGUGAUCUUUGGACAUCUCCCAUUGUCAGUGUGUCGGGCUACAAAUAUUAUCUUGUCAUUUUAGAUGAUUGCUCUCACUACAUUUGGACUUUUCCGCUUCGCCUC